AAUCUGCCAUUGCCAUUGUCAAAAUUGCACGUUCCAUCACAUGAAAGUUCAUCGUCAUCCUGAGGCACAGGUGUAGAAGAGUAUUUAUAAAGAUGACUGGAUUAUGUCAACCAAUUGUUUUGCAUUAAUAUUGAUUAAUAUUUUGGUAACCGCUUAAAUUGAAGAUUCCCAUUGUGGUAUAUUCCUUCAACUUAUCACGAUGGAUAUGGAAAUGAAUGCUGAGGACAGGGACGAUGGGAGCGAUAAUGGAGAACCAUCGGCUGCUGGAAGCUCAGCGGGUAGUGCUUUCUGUGUGCUCGAACGUGAUUAUGCUAGAAUUACAGAGGAGAUGAAAGCUAAUGAAGUACUGAAAGAAUAUGCUGAUGAAUAUACACGGCUAUUCGAAAUGCUGUACAAGUGUCGGAGAGACGAAGAGGAAAUGAUGGAAAAAUUUCGCCAGCUGCAAGACGAAGUAAUAGAAAAAACAAGUAGGAUUUACGAGCUGGAGAGAACAAUUGAGGGGCAGGCUGAGGUGGUUGUUAAAUUGAAAGAAGAAAUAGUGGUGAGUUCGAAGCUGGCAGAUGCGGCUCAUAGUCGUGAACAGAAUGCACAGGAGAUCAUUGAAAAUUCUCGAUUGACCAUCGUUAAAUUGAAUCAAGAAAUUGAACAAAGAAAUAAACAAUUAGCGCUUGACGAAGAUAGCGCGGUCACCAAGCAGAAAGAGAGCCUUGUGAAGGAGAAAGAGAGACUGACAAAUGAGGUGGAGACACUGAAACAACGAAUAAAAAGUAUGUCAAAGUACACCGAGGAACUUGAGAAGAAAACCAUUGAUUGUGAUCAGCAGGUGAAUAAAAUGCAGGAGAAUAUGGAUAUUCAAAUGAAUGAAAUAUCGAAAGAGCGAAUUAUACGCGAGAGACUCGAGAAAGAACUUGUGAUUCUCGAAGAGCAGGUGAAAGAUAAAAAUACACAAUUAACGACAGCAAAUGGAACAAUUAAAACCAUGGCAAACAAUGUAGGAAAACUUGACAACUCACUUAAAGAGCAAAAAAAUAGUAAUGAAAAACUGAGGAAGGAAGUAAGUAAACUAAUGGUCGCCAGGAUGAAUAUACAAACUGAAGCCGACAAUGCACACCGGAAAAUUGAGGAAAUGGAAAAGUUAAUCAAUGAGAAGACUAAAACGUAUAAAUUAUUGGAGCACGAAAUAAAAAGAUUGAAAGAGGAAAUGGCCAAGUGUAAAGCAGAGAGUAAUUGGGCAGCGAACAAGUACCUGAAAAUUGAUAUUGCACGCUCGAAAGUGGAGAAGGAGGCACAAACUCAACGUCUUGCACUCAAGAACACACAGAUUGAGGUAGACUCACUCAAACGUCAGCUCGCAGAUGAAAAGAAAGCAAUUGAAGCGGUAAUACGUGAAAGAGACGCAACUGCAAGGGUUUUACGUAACUUGAAAGAGACCCUGAGGAGAAUGCAGCAAGUAAUAGAUGUAUGUGAACAAAGCAAGCGAAAAAUUGAAUCGGAAUUGGAGGAGGCAAUGCAAAUACUCAAUGUUUCCAACAGGAGGAUUCAAUCGCUCGAGACAGAACGUGAAAAAUUUUGUCAAGAGAUGAAGCAACUCUCCCAGCAGGCAGAUCAUUAUGCGAAUCAGCUGAAAUUGAAAGACAUGGAGCUCAUGGAGUCUAAAAGCCAGCUUAACGAGUUGGAGAGUCAUUUUCGACAGCAGCAGAAUCUCUUUGAGGCUGUGAGGUCUGAGAGAAACACCUACAGUAAAAAUUUAACAAUAGCUAAAGAUGAGAUAUCAGAAUUACGGGAUAAAAUUAAACUUAUGAAUGGACAAAUUGAACAGCUCAAAGAGGAUUUGGCGACUAGAGAAACUAAUUUAGCUAAAGCAGAAUUUAUGUUAAGUAAAGCGGAAAAGGAAAAGGAAACAGCGAGGCAUGAGUUGCAAUCUGUUCGUAAAGAUCUGUUUGACCUGAGAAGAGAAAUGGAAGAGCGAAUUAAAGAGGAAAAACGUCUGAGGAAUAGUGUGAAAAUGGCAGAUAUGGAUAUAAAUCGUUUGAGAAAGGAAAUCGAUGCAGUUAUGAAUGAGCGCAAUGUUUUGGGUACACAGCUGGUGAGGAGAAAUGACGAAUUAAGCUUGCAGUACAGCAAACAAAAGAUUCUCCAUGGCACUAUUUCUCGGGGUGAGACUGAGUAUGUGCGGAGAAUGGAGGACAUUAAGCUGUUGAGGUCUGAAGUGACCAAGUUGAAAACAGAAAAACAUAUCCUGUCCAAGAAUUUAAACAACAUCAGCGAUCUUCGGGUUGAAAUAUUUCAUCUGGAUCGAGAUUUAACGAGAGAAAGGAGAAAGGUUGUAGCAUUAGAAGAGCAAGUACAGAAUCCACUGAACAUCCACCGCUGGAGAAAACUAGAGGCUUUCGAUCCAAGUACGUUAGAACUGUUGAAGAAAGUUCAGAUACUUCAAAAACGCAUCCUCAAAUUGAGCACUGAAUUAAUAGAAAAAGAUGUAAAAAUCAAGGAAACGGAAAAAUUGUAUAUCGAUUUACGAGGACUGCUAUCAAAGCAGCCGGAACCUGAAAUCGUUGAGAACUUUGAAAAAGCUCGUAACGCAUUGCGAGAGCGGAGUAAAAAAAUGAAGUGUGUAGUAGCAGAACUCAAUAUGUGGGAGACACGUGCGAAUGAGUAUAAGUACGAGUUGGAAAAUGCAAUGAAGGACUUGCGCGAUUUGAAAAUUAAAUACUACACAUUAAAGAGGAAAGAGGUGCAGUGGAGAGAGCCAACCACCCUUAAAGACACCUGCAACAGUUCUCUUCCAUCUCUCUCUCCUACUCAGAAGAGAUUCUGCGGCGGUGGUUUUACCAUGACAGUAUCACCAACCCGGAAUUGCUACAGCCUCGAGUCAAUCGCUAAAUAAA